AUAAGGACAGCCUUGGUAAUUUUUAAUCUUAUAUCAUUUUUUUCUUGUUAAAGAAACAUAGUUUUUUAAAUAUUUUGUUUCAAAAUGGCGCUUGGCCGGUGGCAGUGGCUGUUUUAGAUAUUUUGUAAGGUUAUAGAAUUAUAGACAAAAACGAUUUUCGUUAAUUGUUAUGGCAGAUAGAAACAUCGAUCAAAGAAUUCGCAAGCCCAGAAGAGCCAAAGGUACACCAUUCUUUUAUCAACGGAAUUAUUAUGCUAUAGGUGUUCUAGCUCUUGGAGGACUUUCCUGGUACCUAUAUGAACUGUGGCCUCAAGCACAAAAACUCAAACACAGUAUUCGAGAAGGGAAAUUUAAAUACCCAGCAGCAAUAGAGCAACAUAUUCUGUCAAUGAGACUUAGCCAUGGAGAUCCAGCUAUGCAGAGUGUGUUGAAAACAAUGUAUGAGAGGAAGCUUGAAAAGAAUACACUUGUACAGCAAGAUGAGCAAAAGCCAAAGGAGCAACCGUGGUACAGCAAAAUUCUCUCACCUUCAACUGAAAAAUAAUGGGGAAACAGGAAACAUAAAUGUUAGCCCAUGCCAAGGAAUCUCUAAGUAUUUCACAAGAGCAUCUUCAUCACAACAGAAGCCCCCAGAAUUCAAUUCACCAUUUCUCAAUAAGACCAAAGAAAUUGUUCCAAAUUUAAAAAGCGAUGAUGAUGAUGACUUUAAACCUGUCAAACCUAUAAAGAUUGCUAGGAUCUUUACAAACCCUAAAACAGGUUCAAAUGUAACCAGAAAAAAAUACACUAAAAAAGUGAAAACAAAGAAAGGAGACAAUUUGAUACAAAAAACAUUGAGCGACAAUUUCGGACAAGACGACGUGAAUCCAGAACAUCUUCAAAUUGCCUUGGCUCUUUCCAAAUCGGUCCAGGAUCAAGCCUGUUCUCAAGAAAACAGCAGAGAUGUUCCAAUAUAUCCGUCGACGCAAGUAAUUAAAGAAAAUGCAAGAGAUACGCUUGCACAAUUUGCUUUUAAAUCGAGUAAAAGUGAGGAUAUUAUUUGGCCCUUGAAAUCUUACACUGAGGUGAGUCGAAAGAAAAAGAAAUCUAAGUUCAGUUGCGUAACACCAAUAUUGUUACUUCGCACUAACGAAGAGCGAGAUGCUUUGAUUAGCUCUAAAGUUUCAUCGAUUUUAGCCAAUAAUAUCUUAAAUACGCCUCCAGAUGAUUGUCUUAAUGAGCCAUUAAAUGUUUACAGCAAUAUCUUGCAAAAAUAUCAUUGCAGGCAAUCAAAACUCUUUCAAAUGACCAACUUAAGUAAAUGUGAUAGAAACGACUUAUUUUAUGUUGAAAAGUUGAAUUUUGAACGUGAUAUAACAAAGUGUGGAGAUCGUUUAAAAAAAUGGGAAGAAAUACCAGGAAGAGCAUUGAGUCCACCCAGAAUAAUCAAAAAGCCUGUUCUAAGUAUUGAUACAACAAUUGUGGACAAUAUAAACAAAACAUUGUCAACGAUGCAAAGUAUGGUGGAUUACUGUAUUAAUGAUGUGCCUACAGAAACUAUUGCCGAUAUAAGUAUUUAUAUAAAUGAAGACAAUGCUACAUCAAUUCCUGAUUUCACGGCAAUUUCACCAAAAAAGAAUAUUGAAAUUGAAAGAAAAUCUAUUUCACCAAAAGUAAUUGGUAACGAUGAAAUAGAAAAAAACAAUGUGAAAGAGAGGAAGACUUUUAAUAGAAGUCCCUCGCCAGAUUUAUUUGAUUCGGAUGAAGCCAAUCAAUCACCUGUAAUUCAAAAAUUUAAGAGGAUUGUUCCAACUGACUUAGAUGUCUCCGAAGAAUUAAAAUCCGAUGACGAUGAUUGCGAUAUAUUGGAUAAUGGUGUCUGUUAUUUUGAAAGCUUUUGUGAAGACGAAGUACUGAUCUCACAGAAAUGCAUGGAUACGUUUACCACUGAUGACAAGAAAUCUCCAAUUAUUGAUGAUGGUGGUGGUAAAUUACAAAAUACUUCUAUUGUUACAUUUGAUUUGACUCAAGAAGAGACUAUUUUAUUAAAACAUAAUUCCAAUGAAUUGGAAGUUAAAACACGUCAAUCUUUGAGUAUAGAAAAUACGUCUUUAUUUCAAGAAGAAACUUUUUUAUUGGAAUCUAAUUCGAAUCAAGUAGACAAAAAACAGUAUCAAUAUUUACAAAAGCGGGACUUGUCUGAAGACAAAGAGGAAACAAUAGUAUUGGAUCAUUGUUACAUUCAAAACGAUUCUAUAGAUAAGUUAGAUUUAACAGAAGAGGUAUUAAAAAGCAAUACGAGUCUAUCAGAGACUAAAACCUUGAAAACUGAAGACUAUGACUUCACAGAAGAAAAAACCGUCUCUGUGUCAAGUUAUAAAGAAGAUAAAAGUAAUAUAUCUAAAAUUUGUGGAUUAGCAAAUCAAUUUAAAUUGGAAAGAAACAGUUCAAUGAAUGAAAUGAAUACGAUAAUUGUAGAUAAACAAAACGAGAGUAUAAAUAUGACACAAACUUUAAACAAUGAACAUGGAUUUAAAUACUUGGAAAGUAAAUAUGAAAUAAAUAAUUCUAUUAAGAAUUAUAAUUUUAUGGCUCUUGAAGAAGAUUUCUUAAAUUGCAAUUCUACAAUAGAUUCUGAAAAUGAGGAACACUGUAUUAAAUCUCAUGAUGAUAAUUUCUUAAAAACAAAUGAAAUCAAUGAUUUUGCUAAAAACUCGAAACAUUCUGAAUGCACAGAAAUUGAAGAUGAUUCUGAUAAAAUGAAGCAAACAGAUCACAUAAAUUCAAGUAAAGAUGAUUCUUUGAAUUUGACACAUUUAAUAAAUUAUUUGCGUCAUGAUAAAAAAGCAGACGUUAUUGAUUUAUGCCACGAUUCCAAUGACAGUGAUUCGCCCGAACAUCUUUCAAAUGAAAUUGCCACAUUUAAAAGUAAGCUCUAUGAGGCUCAAUCAAAAUCUACGUUCAAAAUUUCUGAAGAUGAGGAAGAGUUAUGCAAUGAGGUAGAGGAAGAAAAUGAAUUGUUGAAUAACCAAAAACUUGAUGUGAAAGAAAUGUCGACUGAAGAAUUAAUCAAAUCGGUGGAUGAUGCAAUAAAUAAAUUUAAGAGAAAAUCCAUUAAUGCUAAUGAUUCGAAUGAGAGUCAGGAAAGUUGCACAAUUAGCGACGAGGAGUUAAAUUAUUCGAGUUACUUUCAUACACCAAACAAGUUAAAAACGAAAUAUAAUCAAUUAGAGUUUGAUGAUGACAAUGACAUUAUAGAAAUUGAUGAUAGUGAUGACGAUGGGGUUGCAGAUGAUUUAUAUACGCGUGACACGCCCAUAAGUUAUAAUGACUUCGCAACGACCUCGAGUAGUAAAACCACGCCCACCAAAGAAAAUAUUUCGAAAGUAAAUGUAAAGGAUAUUGAUACAGAAUACUUGAUAUGCGAUGACAAUGCUGGUACAAAUUUGGAUAAUAAUAGUUUGUUAAAAAAAGUAAUUCAUCCGCGAGUUAGGGAUUUGAGCGCGAGGAAAUCAUAUGGCUUCAAUGAUACAUUUGGCAAUUUAUUAGAACAAUCCAAAUUUAUUAAGCAAAUAGAAAAUCGACUGGAUCCAGUAAACGAGAAGACGCCUGUUAAGGAAAAACCAAUAGAGGUGCAAACCACACCCGACAAUGGAAUGAUUAUUAAGACUACAGAUAUCACCCCUAUGCCCGAUUAUGAAUCGAUGGGAUCACCGGAAAUUAUCCAAGAAUUGAAUAAGUUUGGCGUGAAAAAACUUAAAAGGCAGCGUGGCAUUUCCAUGUUGAAGUAUUUAUAUGAAUCCACGCAUCCUUCAUCUUAUGUGCCCGAACGAGAUCCAAUCGAAGAACAGAGGAGUGCGAAACGAAGAAGAAAACUUAUUGUUGAGGAUGAAUUCAAAUCAAGAGAACCUAAAUCAGUUGAAAUUAUAGCGGAUGUUAAUGCUGGAGAGACUAGGGAGGACAUGAUUUUUGAAAAGAAGAUAUCAAAGAAGAUAGCUUCAUGCCAAGUCCCUAUGCACAUUGCUUUUCAUAAUUUGGUUACAAGUGAUCCAAAUUUACAAGAAAAUAUUUUAUUUUAUGAGCCUUUGCAGGUUGAAGUCUUAUAUGACAUGCUUAAAGAACAAGGGUACAAGUAUCAUUUGCAGGAUUUGAUAACAUUUCUAGAUAGAAAGUGCAUAACUUUUCGCUUGAAUCAGGCAAAUAAAUAAUAUUUUUUAUAAUAUACAUAAUAAAUAAUUUCUGUUAAGUAUUUUAAAAUAAUUGUAUAUAACA